UGAACAAGCACGAACAGCCAUCUCUUUAACAGCUUUAACCUCCUCCCUCCCCGCUUCCCCUCCCUCUUCUCUCCUGGUUAGUGGGACAUCCAUUCAGUGACUUAAGACACAAACCUUCAAGUCAGCCUGAACUCUUACUGACCUCCUGUUCGCUGCAUCUAUCAGUCACCAAGCGCUGCCUGUUUUUCCUCCGAAGUAUCUUCGGAAUGGGCCCUCUCCUCUCUCUUCUGCAGGUGCUUCCUGAUGAGAGCCCCUGACAUCUCACUGGAGCUUUGGAGGAAGCCUCCUCUUGGAUGCUCAUGCCUCUGGCCUGUCUCGUCUCAAGUUCUCUAUGCCACUGUAAGAAUCAUCCAGCCUGCCUGAAAAGCAACUAGAAUUGGCUGCUUAUCCCCUUAGCAUCUUACACGAGGCCCUUUGCCGCCUGCCUCUGCCCAUGUCUCAACACAGCACUCAACAGAAACAAUGAUCUCUCCUGUCCAGAUUCCUUCACACUCCAAGGGUUUUGUGCCUCUGCACCCUUUUGCAUCUUGUUCCUUAGCCUAACUUGCCCUCCCUGUUUCCCCACUUCCCUCCCUUGCCACCUGGUGAGCUUCUACUUAUCCCAGAAAACCCAUUUCAGGACUUUCAUCCUCAGGGAUCCGUCUUUGAUCCCCUGGAGUGAGUUCAUUCUGGCUUUCUUCUUUCUCAUUAUGUACCCCCGUGUUUUUCUUAUUACACUUUUUGUACUCUGUUGUGAUGGUGUGUGUCCAUGCCUCCUUCUCUCAGCCACAGUGUUCGAGGAGCUCAUGGUCUCCUGUGUCUUAUUCACAUUUGUGUCCUCAGAGCCUAGCACAGUCUGGCAUUUAGAAGAAACUCAAGCAGUGAAUGAAUGUCUAGUUUGGAUCAUCAUCAUUCUUGCUCUCUCAGCCUACUGGAUAGGUUGGGCACCAGGCAGAGAAUGCCCAUGAGCCUUUGAAACAAAGCUUUUUAUGGAAAUUAAAGACAAAAUCCAUUCAAUUUGACCAGGACUCUCUUUUUGUCUUGUCAAGUAUUACUGCAGUAAUUAUGGUUCUUGAACACUGUAUUACUCUUCAGAAAGGAGGUGAUUAUAUUGUCUCAUAGUUUUUUCUCUUAUAACCUGAACUAUACUAUUUGCACUUGGCUUUUUGUUUCCCUCCAAUAUACCUUCCUGUCUUUUUAUAUAUGUCUCAGUGUUACUAUCUUUCAAUUACUGCUGUCUGAUUGUUGAGCCCUAUGCUAUGGAAAAGAUUUAUGCUAUGAAGAUAAUUUUUCAAUAGACCUAGGUACAGUUAUUGUUUCAUCUCACUAUAUCUGGGUUAUUUAUUUUCCUCCAUGGCGUUGCUCAGUCAUACCUAGCAUAUUAUUUAAAUCUGAAAACACUCAAUAGACAAUUUGUGCCAGAAACCCUUAGCACGAGGGAUGAAAGAUAAAUCCACAGGCUGUGCCCUGGAAGAGCUCAGGGUCUCAGGAGGCAGAUGGACCUACUCUGAGGGCUGUCUCUGGAGCCAGAGCAGGCCCUGAAGGGGCUACCUAUGGGAGUGGAGUUCAUUGUGCAGCCUUUUAGGCCAGGGUGUACGUUACCUGAGCCAGUCAAUAUAGCAAUGAAAAGAUGUCCCUUUCAGGGGAAAUAAAAAGCCCAAGAAUUUAAUCAUUCACUCAGUCUGUCAAUUAACAACUAUUUAUUGAACACUUACUAUAUAGCAAGUACUGUUCCAGGGACUCGGAAGAGACAAAGUCCAUCCCAUCACAGAGCUGCAGUUCUGUUGCGGAAGACAAACAAACAAAUAAAGAUGUACUGUGUGGUCAGGUAUUGAAAGUGCUCUGUAGGAUAAAGCAUGGUGAAGAGACUGAGAGUGAGGAAAUUUGCUAUUUUUUAUGGCAAAUUCAGCACUUAAAUUCAGUGCUUGGAUGCAAUCUCAAAAAUGAAAGAAUGAUCUCUGUUCUGUUCUGGUUUCCAAGGCAAACCAUUCAAAAUCAUGGUAAUCCAGGUCUAUGCCCUGACCAGUAAUGCUGAAGAAGCUGAAGUUGAACUGUUCUAUGAAGAACUACAAGACCUUUUAGAACUAACACCCGAAAAAGAUGUCCUUUUCAUUACUGGGGACUGGAAUGCAAAAGUAGGAAGUCAAGAAACACCUGGAGUAACAGGCAAAUUUGGCCUUGGAGUACAGAAUGAAGCAGGGCAAAGGCUAAUAGAGUUUUGCCAAGAGAACACACUGCUCAUAGCAAACACCCUCUUCCAACAACACAAGAGAAGACUCUACACAUGGACAUCACCAGAUGGUCAACGCCGAAAUCAGACUGAUUAUAUUCUUUGCAGCCAAGGAUGGAGAAGCUCUAUACAGUCAGCAAAAACAAGAUGGGAGCUGACUGUGGCUCAGAUCAUGAACUACUUAUUGCCAAAUUCAGACUUAAAUUGAAGAAAGUAGGGGAAACCACUAGACCAUUCAGGUAUCACCUAAAUCAAAUCCCUUACGAUUAUACAGUGAGAGUAAAAGAUAGAUUUAAGGGACUAGAGCUGAUAGACAGAGUGCCUGAUGAACUAUGGGCAGAGGUUCAUGACAUUGUAUAGGAGAUAGGGAUCAAGACCAUCCCCAAGAAAAAGAAGUGCAAAAAAGCAAAGUGGCUGUCUGAGGAGGCCUUACAAAUAGCUGUGAAAAGAAGAGAAGUGAAAAGCAAAGGAGAAAAGGAAAGAUGUACCCAUUUGAAUGCAGAGUUCCAAAGAAUAGCAAGGAGAGAUAAGAAAGUCUUCCUCGGUGAUCAGUGCAAAGAAAUAAAGAAAAAGAAUAGGAUGAGAAAGACUAGAGAUCUCUUCAAGAAAAUCAGAGAGAGCAGGGGAACAUUUCAUGCAAAGAUGGGCUCAAUAAAGGACAGAAAUGGUAGGGACCUAACAGAAGCAGAAGAUGCUAAGAAGAGAUGGCAAAAAUACACAGAAGAACUAUACAAAAAAGAUCUUCAUGACCCAGAUAAUCACAAUGGUGUGAUCACUCACCUAGAGCCAGUCAUCCUGGAAUGUGAAGUCCAGUGGCCUUAGGAAGCAUCACUACAAACAAAGCUACUGGACGUGAUGGAAUUCUAGUUGAGCUAUUUUGAAUCCUAAAAGAUGAUGCUGUGAAAAUGCUGCACUCAAUAUGUCAGCAAAUUUGGAAAACUCAGCAGUGGCCACAGGACUGGAAGAGGUCGGUUUUCAUUCCAAUGCCAAAGAAAGACAAUGCCAAAGAAUGCUCAAACUACUGCACAAUUGCACUCAUCUCACACACUAGCAAAGUAAUGCUCAAAAUUCUCCAAGCCAGGCUUCAGCAAUACAUGAACCAUGAACUUCCAGAUGUUCAAGCUGGUUUUAGAAAAGGCAGAGGAACCAGAGAUCAAAUUGCCAACAUUCACUGAAUCAUCAAAAAAGCAAGAGAGUUCCAGAAAAACAUCUAUUUCUGCUUUAUUGACUAUGCCAAAGCCUUUGACUGUGUGGAUCACAAUAAACUGUGGAAAAUUCUGAAAGAGAUGGAAAUACCAGACCACCUGACCUGCCUCUUGAGAAACCUGUAUGCAGGUCAGGAAGCAACAGUUGGAACUGGACAUGGAACAGCAGACUGGUUCCAAAUAGGGAAAGGAGUACAUCAAGGCUGUAUAUUGUCACCCUGCUUAUUUAACUGAUAUGCAGAGUACAUCAUGAGAAACGCUGGGCUGAAUGAAGCACAAGCUGGAAUCAAGAUUGCUGGGAGAAAUAUCAAUAACCUCAGAUAUGCAGAUGACACCACCCUAUGGCAGAAAGCAAAGAAGAACUAAAGAGCCUCUUGGUGAAAGUGAAAGAGGAGAGUGAAAAAGUUGGCUUAAAUCUCAUCAUUCAGAAAACUAAGAUCAUCCAGUCCCAUCACUUCAUGGCAAAUAGAUAGGGAAACAGUGGAAACAGUAGCAGACUUUAUUUUUUAGGCUCCAAAAUCACUGCAGAUGGUGACUGCAGCCAUGAAAUUAAAAGACACUUAUUCCUUGGAAGGAAAGUUAUGAUCAACCUAGACAGCAUAUUAAAAAGCAGAGACAUUAGUUUGUCAGUAAAGGUCUGUCUAGUCAAGGCUAUGGUUUUCCCAGUAGUCAUGUAUGGAUGUGAGAGUUGGACUAUAAGGAAAGCCAAGCACCCAAGAACUGAUGCUUUUGAACUGUGGUGUUGGAGAAGACUCUUGAGAGUCCGUUGGACUGCAAGGAGAUCCAGCCAGUCCAUCCUAAAGGAGAUCAGUCCUGAGUGUUUAUUGGAAGGACUGAUGUUGAAGCUGAAACUUCAGUACUUUGUCCACCUGAUGCGAAAAACUAAAUCAUUUGAAAAGACCCUGAUGCUGGGAAAGAUUGAAGGUGGGAGGAGAAUGGGGAUGACAGAGGAUGAGAUGGUUGGGUGGCAUUUCAUCCAACGUGAGUUUGGGUAAACUCCAGGAGUUGGUGAUGGACAGGGAGGCCUGGCAUGCUGCAGUCCAUGGGGUUGCAAAGAGUUGGACACGACUGAGCGACUGAACUGAACUGAUGGCAGAUUCAGAUCAAACUUUCUGAUAAUGUGAUAUUUGAGCACAGACCUGAGCGAAGCAAGGCAGAAGGACAGAUGAGACAGAGUCCCUGAGGUAAGAAUAUGCUUAGCAUGUUGAAAGACAGCCAGGCAGCUGGUGUUGAAUGAAGAAGGGAAAGAGUGAUGGUGCUUUGGAGAAGUUACAGAGGACACAGUUUUGUAGGGCCUUCUCGGUCUUUUGUUCUGAGUGAUAUGGGGGGACCAUCUUUAGGUUUUAUGUAGUAAGUAACACGAUUUGAUUUGUACCUUGAAAAUGUGAUUCUGGGUAGAUACUUGUUAUUUGUGUUUGGGAGAUAGGGAAAGGUAAGAGCAGAAGCAGGUAUCCAAAUUAGAAAGCUAAUAGAGAAAUCUGUGAGAAAUAAUGGUAGUUUGGACUAGGAUGGUAACAGUAGGUGAGGUGAGAAGUGUUCAAAUUUGGGAUAUUUUGAAGAUCAAGUUAGUGAAAUUUUAGAGUGAAUUGUAUGUAAGAUGUAAGAGAAAAAGGAAUCAGGGACAACUUCAAGUUUUAGGGUCUGAAAAAAAAAAACAGUGGUGUUAUUUUUAUUGAGAUGGAAAUAUCAGGGAAAGAAUAAGGUUGUUAGGGAAAAUCAGGAUUGAUUUUAAAUUUAUUGAAUUUGAAAUGUGUAAGUGGAAAUAUAGCUGGAAUUCAAAGGGAAGCUCAUAGCUGGAGAUACGAAUUUGGAGGGGUUCUUCAGGAUUCAGGUGGUAUUUAAAGUCAUGGGACUGAAAAGCACAUUGUGGAAGGAGAUAGAAAGGGAAGAUAAGAGGGAUGAGAACUGAGACAUGAUAACCAAGUGUGUCAGCCACUGGACAUGAAAUAUACAUGCCCUGAGAAUUGACUAUGGGAUUUGGUCCAGUGGAGGUCACUAGUAACCUUAAAGAGAACAAUGGUGAUAACACUGUGAGAAGGAAAGUCUAAUUGGCAAGAGUUAGGGAGAGAAUUGGGAGGGAGUUAGAAAGUAAGUUGAGAUAUCUAGUGAGGAGGCUCUUUGAAGGAGUCCUGUAAAGAGAGCAGAGGAAUAGGGAAGUUUAUGGUUAAGGAUGUGAAGUCAAGAGGGGAUGUUUUAAGGACAGACUUUAUCAGAGCAUGUUGGUAGACUGAUGAAGUCUGAGUAAAGAGGAAGAAAUUGAUGAGGAAGGAGAGAAUGAGAAGACAGGUGAUGUUGGCAGCAACUAUAUGCGUCAUUGUGGUGAGAAGGAAGGGGGCUCUAUAAUAAGAGUAGUGAGCUCUUCCCCCGACCGCCGCCGCGCCGCCAUCAUGGCCACGAGCCGUGUACAGCCCAUCAAACUUGCCAGGGUCACCAAGGUGUUGGGCAGGACCGGUUCGCAGGGACAGUGCACACAGGUGCGCGUAGAAUUCAUGGACGACAGGAGCCGCUCCAUCAUCCGAAACGUGAAAGGCCCCGUGCGCGAGAGCGACGUGCUCACCCCAUUGGAGUCAGAGCCAGAGGCUCGGAGGCUGCGGUGAACUUGUGACUGGGUGCUGGAUGUCUGGGUUGACGCCGUGGCCCACCAGGAUGAUCUGUUAAUAAAGCGUUUAUAUUGUAUGUAAACUUGAGAAAAAAAAAAGAGUAGUGAAUCUUUGAUGGGCACAAAAAAGGUUCCCUCACUGUCACAGAAGAGAAGGCAUGUGUGGAGUGGGUACAGGUUGGAUGGUAGAAGAGCUCCAUGUUGAUUACUUCUGUUUCCCACAAAAGCCACCGUCAGAGGCCAUUGCCAUCAACCAGGUGACGCCUCUCUUUGAUUCUUUGUGCUGUCGAUUUCUUGUUAAUACCUACCUUUUUGAAAUUGAAUCGAGUCUUAUAGAAGAUUGAAGAAAAUGAAAUUCAUUCAAGAAGUAAUGAAGCAGAACUAUGUUAUUAGCUGCAGGCGAGCAGCUGAUUUCCUUAAUAGGUUGAAUCAUUCACGGAGUGGGACAUUGGGGCCUUCGUGUGUGGUAAAAGAGGAAACAGAUAUGAGUGGGAGAAAAUUUGAGUUAUGUUGGAACCAAAACAAUCUCAUUAGUUACUCUUAAUAUCCUUAGACGUUCUGUAGGGACAGUUGAUAUCCUUUAACAGAUGAAGAAUGAGAGCCCAGGGCAUUUCUGUAACUGCCGUAGCACCCAGCAAAUUAAUGAUAGAUACAGAAUUUAAAUUGUGUCCUUGAAUUUUCACUGCUUUACUUGGUUCCUGAACUGAAGCAAAGUGGUAAAUCUUGACCAUGAACCACCUGCAGGAUUGGGGACAUACGACUUAGUCUUUAAUGUUCAAGCCCUAACUGCUUCACAUAAUUUCUACCACUUAAAGUGGAAAUUAUUUGGCUACUGGCUCCAGGGGGAAUGUAAUACUGUAAUUAGUCACUGAGUUCCCCUUUUAAGGCCCUUUGUGGAAGAGAGCAUCUAAUGGUUAAUGAGGGUUAAUGAGUAAAACCUGGAGCCUGUCUCCCUGAUGGCUGGAACUGCUGUGCUUCCUCCCUUUUAUCAAUAUGUCACCAAGUAAAUAAUAGUGGGACACAUACACGUUAUUGUGGUAAGCAUAAGCACAGAGUGUAAGAUGAAUCCUGAUUUUAGCAAUGUUAAACUAGGGGUAGAGAUCAUAGGAAAGGGAAAAAACAUAUAUUAGAACUAGAAAUUAGGCCUCUCAAAUUUUCAUUUGACAUUAUGCUGUGAAAACACUUAUACUUUAAAGAUAAAGCUAUAUUUAGCUUGAGGUUAGCUUUAAUAAUGUUUUACUGAUAAGCCUGACUCCAUAAAUUAGUUUUAAGUUUAAAUGAGAUAAUGCAUGUAAGACAUUUACAGCAGUCUCCAGCACACAGUAAGCAAAGGCUCAAUAAAUAUUCAUUAUAAAUAAUAAUAAUUAUUAUUAUAUUUCUCUUAAUAUAUUUUCCAGGGAGCAAUGGAUUAUUGAAGUAUUUCCAACUGUAAUUACUUUUAGUCGGUAACAACUUUAUACUAGUAAUGAGAAGAAAGUGAAAGUUGCUCAGUCUUGUCCGACUGUUUGUGACCCCCAUGGACUGUAGCCUGCCAAACUCCUCUGUCCAUGGAAUUCUCCAGGCAAGAAUACUGGAGUGGGUAGCCAUUUCCUUCUCCAGGGGAUCUUCCCCAGCCAGGAUCUCCUGCACUGCAGGCAGAUUCUUUACCGUCUAAGCCACCAGGGAAGCCCAAUAAGAAGAAAUGGCCCUUUUAAUUAAGCUAUUAAUAUGCGAAAAACAAAAUGAACUUAUUGAAUGCCUAAUUGGGCAUGUCCCUGCUUGUUAGCUAUUAUAGCCUAUUACAGAGGCUGUGGAGAUGGCCAGUAACAGGUAUUAAGCCUUAAUGUGUGCUAGAGUAUUGUAAGCACUAUAGAUUUAAUCCUCCCAGCAAUCCUCUGAGUUAGGAACUCUAAUUAUUCCUUUUUCUCAGAAAGAAGAAAACUGAAGCCCAGAGAACUAGAUAGCAAUUGGUUCAGUGGAAUAUGAGCUCACUGCCUGUGACUCCAGAGUGUAUGUCCUUGACCACUACACUCUACAGCCUGUUUCUAAUAUGAUGCAAACCUGAACCAACCUAUUGGUUGCCUGCCUAAAACCUUAUCCCACUUUUUUCCUUGCUAGAAAAUCUUUGAUUUUGUUUGGUUGUUUACAUCUCCCUAUGUGUCUCAGAGAAGAUGAAUCCUGUCCACAUUUCUAUGAGUCAGUCCUGGCUCAUCUAAAUCAAACUUGGUGUCCCUUUUCCCCUUCCCAAGAAUCUGGCUAAGCAAGACAAUGUGUGACAAGAUUCUGGUCGAGGAAAUCUGAGGAUUUCCAAGGGCUUCUGAGAAAGGUUUCUUCACUGAAAGAAAUAGACACACAGGAAAAGUCACCUCUCUUCUUUCCCUGAUCUUAUCACGUCUGGAUGUGAUGUCUAGCAUUGUGGCAGCCAGUUUUCCACCAGCCUACAGAGGAAGCUGAUACCCAUCCUAGGCAGAGCAUAGAGGAUUUUAGGGAAGUGAAACUAUCACUACUCUGUAUGAUACUAUACUGGUGGAUACAUAUCACUAUGUCUAAACUCAUAGGAUGUACAACUUUACUGAGCAUUCUGUGAGUUUGGACAAAGUAUAGUGAGUGAACUUUGAUGUAAACUAUGGACUCUGGGAGGUAAGGAUGUAAGGAACUUAGCUAGGUUCAUCAGUUGGAACAAAUGUAUCCCUGUGGUGUCGGGGAUGCUGAUAGUGGGGAAGGCUAUGUGUGGGAGCAGGGCAUAUAUGGGAAAUCUACUUUCUGCUCAGUGUUGCUCUGAACCUAAAAUUGCUUAAAAAUUAUUUUCUUUUAAAAAAUAGAAAAAAAUUUCUAUUAAAAAAAGCAAAGUAAACUCACAGAAAAAUACAAGAUAAAAAUGUACCUAUGGUUGUGACAAUUAAGAAUAUUAAUGAAAAAAACAGAUUGAAACUGUACUAACUGAUCAAAAUCACCUAAGAGAAAAAUUAUGUAUCAGUGUGUGUCAAUAAUAAAAAUUUUAAUUAAAAUAUGUGAACGGGUAAAUGUAUGUUUCUGAGAAAACAUCUGUUGCCGCAUACUCUUUGAGCCUGAUGACCCUUAAGAUACCAUUAAAGUAUGAUUUCCUCUGAGGAGCCUUCCCUAGUAUCGUAGACUGUUUACUCACUGCUCCCUCCUUUGUGUCCUGUAGAGGACUUAAUAUUUCUGUUACAGCACUUAAUGUCACUGUGAUUUAAAGAUUAGUUUUUCAAGUUUGUCUCUGCCAGUGGAGCGUGAGCUCUUGAGUAGAAAAAAAUUCCUUGUUGAGAAUGGCUGUCAGGAAGCCCAGAACCAAGCUCAAUCAUGGUACCUAGAUUAACCUAGAUGUGGUGGUCACCGAAAGAUACUGCAGUCCUAGAGUACUGAUGCUCUGUCUUAGCUGAUUUUUAACAUUCCUGGUUCCCAUUCCCAGAGGUGAUGAUUUAUUUAAUGUGGGGUGCAGCCUGGCUGUUGGUGUUUUAAAGGCCUCAGUGGAUUCCAGAGUUUAGUCAAGUUGAGACCAUUGUCCUGAAGGACAUAGCCAGAGGGAAAGAUGUUGAAGGCUAUUUUAAGAACCGUGAUAACAAUAGGGUUAUCCAGAAUUGGAUCCAGGGAAUUCAGCAGGGAACUUGUCACAGUAGCCCUGAUAAGAGAGAGUGAUCUCAACAGGUGGGUAGGAUCAGUGGGCAUAAUAAUUGAAGGUCUACUGUGGGAGAUGGCUUAUGGAAGUGAUUCUCAUCUGGAUUACCUGCUAGCAUCACUGGGGAGGCUUUUUAAAAACAUAAGUAUUUGAACCCCAUCCAGAGAUUCUGAUUAAAUUGAUCUGGUGUGGCGUGUAGGCAAUGGUUCAUUUUAAUUUUGUUAAAGUUCUCCGAGUGAUUCUAAGGAGAUUGAGAACUACUGUCUUUAUAAGAAUAGCAGUAGAAUUUGACCCUACUUUAAUAUUAGAAACUGAACAGAGAUUAUCCCAAGCUUCCUGACUUGUGAUGUUGAGGAGAAAUUUGCGUAGACCAACUGUAAUGGGAGGGCUGGCUAGAAGUUGGACAUAGGGUAAGGAAUGAGAGGAGAAGAUAAAUACUUCUUUAUGAGAUUAAGUUUGAGUUGACAAUGAGUCUGAAAUCCAUGACAGGUAUUUGACUGAGUGUUAAACAAACCUAAAUCAAGCUGGAAAGCUGAGAGCAAUUACUGUGUGGCCCAGAUGGAUUCUCUCCUAUCCCAGCCCAUUCUGACAAGUGGUCUAUGGGUGCUUUGACAGUUUCAGAGAAUAGAUCAGUAAGGUCAUUUUGUUCACACAUGUUUCAUAAAUUAGAAAUAAAAUUAUCAUUUUUGCAGUAUUCUUGUUCUUAAUAAUCUCUAUACUCUUAAAGAUUGUGUAUGUUAGAAAAGACUAUCAAUCACCUUGUUUUGGCUAUUUCUUGGUCAGCUAACUGAAGUUCAUCUCAGUUGACAUAUUUUUACAUCAUCUGCCAUUUUUGUUCACAUAAAUUUUCAUUUUUUACAUUCAUUAUAUACCAAUUUUUAAAAAGGCUCAGUGGUAAAGAACAAAAGUAGAAUGGAAUGAGUCAGGUAAAUACUAGUGCUCAUAAUGAUGUUAACAGUAAAUAUUGAACAGGAUACCAGUACAGAGAUAGAAUAUGCAUUUGUAAGCUGAUGUGACAAAUGACUACUUGAAUAGCAUGAUUUAAUAUAAGCAGCCAGAAAAGGAGGAAAAAAUAAUGGUGAAUAUCUGAAAUUACAUUUUAUUGAACUGGUAGUCCAUUCAACACCAUUUCACAGUGCCCUUUUCUCGAAUGGUGCCAUGAUGUCAUUGAAGCUUUUCUGUCAUUUUUAACAAAACAGAGG